AUGAUUUCAAAUUUUAUCUCAGUUCUAUUCUGUGCUGUGUCAGUGGCUUUAGUCACCUCACAGUCUGCACCAUCAGGUCCUGGUCAAUGCCCUGGAGGUCCCUCAUUGAACAUUCAGUGCGACCCUAAACGUCCAUGGCCUCAGUGUCCUCCUCAGUCUUAUUGCUACGUUACUGGCUCGGUUGAUGUUGGACCACAUUACUGCUGCCCAGUUUGGUCGACUUAUGGUGCGUCGUACAGACCUGCUGCCCCAUUCUACGACUAUGUACCGCCAAUGCCAGAGGAUUGGCCAGCUAACAUAAAAGCUUCAGCUAAUUGGCCUACUUCCGUUAUUAGCCGAAAUGCGAUGGCAAAGUUGAAGACUACUUUCAACAACGAAGACGGGGACGAAGACGAGAACGUUCAAAAAUUCUCUAAAGUGAAUUUGCGGCGCUGAGCAAGAUGGAGUUGCGAGUGGUUUCCGAGCGAUUACCACUAUCUAUACCUGUAUAAAAAGGCAC